CUGGCGUGGGGGUGUGGAGCCAGAGCCACCCAAUCCCCUAGGGACAGGUUUCACAACUUCCUGGCUGGGGCUGUGGUGGGUCACAGUGCGGCCUCCGGCUGGGAGGAUGGGUUGGCUGCCUCUCCUGCUGCUUCUGACCCAGUGCUCAGGGGCCCCUGGGCAGCGCUCGCCCCUGAAUGACUUCCAGGUGCUCCGAGGCACAGAGCUGCAGCCCCUGCUGCACGCGGUAGGGCCUGGGCCAUGGCAGGAAGGCGUGGCAGAUGCUGAGGAGUGUGCAGGGCGCUGCAGGCCCCUACUGGACUGCAGGGCCUUCCACUACAACGUGAGCAGCAGAGGUUGCCAGCUGCUGCCAUGGACCCAGCACUCACCCCAUACACAGCUGCAGCGUUCCGGGCGCUGUGAUCUCUUCCAAAAGAAAGACUAUGUGAGGGCCUGCAUUGUGGACAACGGGGUCAGGUACAGGGGCACAGCGGCCAUCACCACAGAUGGCCUACCCUGCCAGCGCUGGAGCCACAAGUUCCCCAACGACCACAGGUACACCCCCACACUGCAGAACGGCUUGGACCAGAACUUCUGCCGCAACCCCGACGGGGACCCCGGUGGUCCCUGGUGCUACACGACAGACCCUGCCGUGCGCUUCCAGAGCUGCGGCAUCAAGUCGUGCCGGGAGGCCGCUUGCAUUUGGUGCAAUGGCGAGGAGUACCGCGGCGCAGUGGACCGCACCGAGUCAGGACGCGAGUGCCAGCGCUGGGACCUGCAGCGCCCGCACGCGCACCCCUUUGAGCCGGGCAAAUUCCUUGACAGAAAUCUCGACGACAACUACUGCCGGAAUCCGGACGGCUCGGAGCGGCCCUGGUGCUACACCACCGACCCGCACGUAGAGCGCGAGUUCUGCGAUCUGCCCCGCUGCGGGUCGGAGGCACCGCCGCACCGCGAGGCCGCGACGCUCAGCUGCUUCCGCGGGAAGGGCGAGGGCUACCGGGGCACGGCCAACACCACCGCCGCGGGCGUGCCCUGCCAGCGUUGGGAUGCGCAGAGCCCGCACCGGCAUCACUUCGCGCCGGAGAAAUACGCGUGCAAGGACCUUCGGGAGAACUUCUGCCGGAACCCCGACGGCUCGGAGGCGCCCUGGUGCUUCACCUCGCGGCCUGGUAUGCGCAUGGCCUUCUGCUACCAGAUCCGGCGCUGCGCGGACGACUUGCGGCCGGAGGACUGCUACCACGGCGCGGGGCAGCGGUACCGCGGCUCGGUCAGCAAGACCCGCAGGGGCGUCCCGUGCCAGCGCUGGGCCGCCGAGGCGCCGCACAGGCCACAGUUCACGCCCAGCUCUGCCCCCCAUGCGCACCUGGAGGAGAACUUCUGCCGGAACCCCGACGGGGACAGCCACGGGCCCUGGUGCUACACCACCGACCCAGGCACCGCCUUCGACUACUGUGCGCUGCGGCGCUGCGGUGAGCGCCGCCCCCCAGCCCCUCCCCCCGCCCGGCCGCCUGGGGCCGGCUCCCCAACGCCCUGGCCUCGGGUCUUUCAGAUGAUGGCCGACCACCGUCCAUCCCGGAGCCCCCAGGUGCUGUUUGAGAAGUGUGGCAAGAGAGCGGCCCGCCUGGACCGGGAGCGCUCCCGGCUGCGGGUGGUGGGCGGCCAACCGGGGAAUUCGCCCUGGACGGUCAGCUUGCGCAACCGGCAGGGCCAGCACUUCUGCGGGGGCUCCCUAGUGAAGGAGCAGUGGGUGCUGACUGCUGAGCAGUGCUUCUCCUCCUGCCAUGUGCCUCCCGUGGGCUAUGAGGUGUGGCUGGGCACCCUGUUCCAGGACCCACAGCCUGGGGAGCCAGGCCUGCAGCGGGUCCCAGUGGCCAAGAUGGUGUGCGGGCCCCCAGGCUCCCAGCUUGUUCUGCUCAAGCUGGAGAGACGUGUGACCCUGAACCUGCGUGUGGCCCUCAUCUGCCUGCCCCCUGAGCAGUAUGUGGUGCCUCCAGGCACCAAGUGUGAGAUCGCAGGCUGGGGGGAGACCAGAGGGGACAACCCAGUCCUGAAGGUGGCCUCGCUGAGCGUCAUCUCCAAUCAGGAAUGUAACCUCAAGCACCGGGGACGCGUGCGCGCCAGCGAGAUGUGCACUGCGGGGCUGCUGGCCCCGGUGGGUGCCUGUGAGGGUGACUACGGGGGACCGCUUGCCUGCUUCACCCGCGACUGCUGGGUCCUGGAGGGGAUUAUAAUCCCCAACCGAGUGUGCGCACGGCCCCGCUGGCCAGCUGUCUUCACGCGUGUCUCUGUGUUUACAGACUGGAUUCACAAGGUCGUGCAGCUGGGUUAGGCCCAGCCUCGAUCCCUGUGCCUGGUGGAGGACGAAGCCUCCUGUUGGACAUAAAGCCACCUUUCCUCCUCA